AUUUUGUUAGGCUCCUGUCAUAUUUAUCCCUAGUGCGGUGUCCAUAGAAAUUUGUCGAGUGAGCUUUUAACAGAUCCAUGCGACAUGGUACUCGCCGAAAAAAAUAACGAAAACGUUAGGAACGGACGGAGAAGCAGGGGGCCCAGUCCUAACGGGCAUGUCCAAGCGGACUCCACAAGCGAAGAUGAAAGCACAGUUCCAGUUGAUAAGAUACGAGUGGGGAGGGAUUAUCAAGCAAUAUGUCCGGAAUUACAGCCAGAGUCUCAACGUAAACCUGAACUUCUAGCAGAUAGGGCAUUGUUAGUGUGGUCUCCAACAGACUCGAUACCAGAUUCCAAAUUGGAAGAUUACAUAGUCCUAGCGAAAGACAAAUAUGGUUAUAACGGUGAGCAAGCUCUGGGCAUGCUUUUCUGGCAUAAACAUGACUUAGAUAGGGCUGUGUUGGAUUUAGCAAAUUUUACCCCCUUUCCCGAUGAAUGGUCAGUUGAAGAUAAGGUCCUGUUCGAACAAGCUUUUCAGUUUCACGGUAAAAGCUUUCACAGAAUUCGACAAAUGUUACCAGAUAAGAGUAUAGCUAGUUUGGUGAAGUAUUACUACAGUUGGAAGAAGACUAGGUCGCGAACGAGUUUAAUGGACAAACAAGCCCGUAAAUUGAACACGCCCAAAGAAGAUGAAGUGGAAGAGGCAGGGUCGGAUCAAGGAUCGAAUGAAGAAUCCGACCAUGAUGAAAAGAAAUGGACGAUCCAUCGGGGCAUCCGUCGUAAGAACGGAUCGCCCAAUCGUGCCGGCCAAUCUAAUAGCGAUCCUACCACUACCACACAGGGCGAGGGGGGCUCCUGUUCGAACUGCGGCGUUUUCUGCACCAUCACGCAAGUGACCCUCAAGGGGCCCCUGUGUAACAGCUGCUACCAGCACUGGAGACGCACAGGAAGCGCGCGGCCUACCUCCGGCCCGGCGUUGGCGGGCAAGCGGGGCGCCGCGGGCGGCAACUCGGCCGCCUCGAGGGCGCGGCGGCGGCCGCCCAAGGGCAUGCACAUCAACCACGACGACCUGGCGACGAUGGCCUCGGGCAACGCGGGCACGCUGCUGCUCAGGGCGAUGGAGAGGGAGCUCGAUUCGUUGCAGAGACAAAUUCAACAAAAUAAACAGAACAUCAGUUCGCUGAAACGGAAGCAUUCCGACUCGAUAGAAGACUUGCGACCGUCGAAUGACAGCUCGCAGAGGCCCAAUUCACGUUGGACCAAUGACGAGUUAAUGCUUGCUAUACAAGGUUUCCGAAAAUACGGUAAAGAUUUCAAGGCGAUCGCCGAGAUGCUAGGAAACAAAACGGAACAUUAUGUGCGCACGUUUUUCGUUAACUAUCGCAAAAGAUACAACCUAGAUCAAAUCAUCAAAGAGUGGGAAAGAGAAAACGGUCCAGUUUCAGAAGACGGCGAGACCAAAAUCGAUAACGAGGACGGCGAUGACGUCAUCUGCUUGUCGCCCAAUCCGCCCACUUCAAAGAAGGACCAGAUCAAAAAUGGCGGCAAGGUCAGUUCCCAAGCGUCACAGAAAUGAUUUCUUUAGGCACGCUUUGAAGCUGUAGUCUCGAUCCAUAGUGAAAAACGAAUAAAAAAUGGCAAAUCGCCACUUUUUUCACUAUUUUUAUCGGAGUAUCUGAGGAGUACGCCUCGUACAACAUACAUAUGACGUAUAUUUAUUGAUUUUAUUUCUUUUAGUUCAAUUUAUAGGUUAGUUUGUCCCUUUAAAACUAGAGUUCCUAUAAGAUAAACCGCGUUGGGAUUUACAGAGAGCUGUUUUAGUGUACACACGUGCAAUAUUUUUACGGUUUUAUAAUAUUAUUUUCGUAUUUUAUUGACAUACGGGGUGUCUCAGAGUCGAAGGUUACAAUUAGGAUCUCGGAAAGCUUAAGGCUGGGCGCUGACAUAUAAUUUUUAGUCGGUUGAAACUAUGGGGGAUAGAAAUAAGGAGAAUUAUCUUCGUGUGUUGAAAAGUGGUCACCAAACAGGGAACACUUAAGAUGGUGCUGCGAUAGCAAAAGUUCUACAUUUGAAAAAAGCGCCAAGAAUUUUUAGAACGGGAAAUAAUAAGAGAUAUACAAGGUGGUCCGAACUGUAUUCCGGAAACUUCGGCAGCAUAUUCUGCAGAUAAAAAUAAGUAAAAAAAAAGUAGUUGUCCUAAAAUGCUUAGUUUCGGAGAUACAGGG